AGCAACCGGGCACAGAAAGAGAAACAACUUCCAACAUAUGUACACGAAAAACACGCACAUGUAUUUUGCAUUUAACUAAAGAAUUCAGUGACCGCUUCUACUCCACGAUACUGACCGACUCCGCUACAGUCACGUUGUCAGUUGUUCUUUGUGGCCGCUUCUCGGUCUCCAUUCACUCAGGUGCUGUGUUGUUGUCGGAUGGAGGAUGGAAGAAAAACACAAGAAGAUUCUCCAGCGCAACCGGGUCCGUCUGGUGUGCGAGCUGGACCCAUCCCAGCUCUGCGAUGGCCUUCUGGAAACAGGAGUCUUCACCCAAGACAUGAUCGAUGAGAUUAAGAGCUCUGGGACCAGACGUGACCAGGCCAGGCAGUUGGUCCGGGACUUAGAGACCCGCGGCAGUCGAGCCUUUCCAUUAUUCCUGCAGUGUCUUAUGGAGACGGGUCAGCAGGGUCUGGUCAAGCUCCUGCAGAAUGGAGUCCCAGCAGUUCAUCUACAGCCUGCUACACCGACUGAGAUGGUCCGCCCUGUGAUCCGACCUCUCCCAAUCUCUUCCCCGAUGGAUGACAAUAAGCAGAGAAGAGGAGAAGACCCUGUCAAGCCCAUUCCUCGACCCAGUACUACUCCCAGUCCAUCACCUGAAAGGGAGAGCAUAAGACCAAGGCCACAGGGCAGAACACGACGGGACAGUAUUCAGGGCUACAAAAUGGACGCCAGCCCAUGUGGACACUGCCUCAUCAUAAACAACGUGGACUUUGACCCUCAGAGCGAGCUGAGCAAUCGUAGAGGCUCCAACAUUGACUCUGAAAAGCUGGAGAGAAGAUUCAAGAAGCUCAACUUCAUCGUGGAAGUCAAGACCAACCUGAAACAAAGACAAAUCAAGCAUGAGCUGUCUGCUCUGUCCAAGAAAGACCACUCAAGCUCUGACUGCUGUGUGGUUAUCAUGCUGUCCCAUGGGACUGAGGUGAGUCACAACCGCUUCCCUGGUGCGGUGUAUGGUGUGGACGGACAGUAUGUCCCAGUUCAACAUAUCACAAACUACCUCAACGGCCAGCAUUGCCCUUCUUUACAAGGCAAACCCAAACUGUUCUUCAUCCAGGCGUGUGGAGGAGGUGACAAAGACACAGGCUUUGAGGUGUCCCCCGACGAAGUUGAGCCAUCCUUCAGGGGAGCAGAUGACCAGACAGACGCCAUUCCAAUGUCAUCCAGCAGCGACUCCCUGAGCACGUCUGAUGAACCGGACGCCAGAGCCACUCUGCCCACACCGUCGGACAUCCUGGUGUCCUACUCAACUUUUCCUGGUUACGUUUCUUGGAGAGACCCCCAGUUGGGAUCCUGGUAUGUUGAGACAAUGGACCAUGUUCUUGAGGAAAAUGCUGCUACUGAUGACCUGGUUACCAUGUUGAUGAUGGUGAACAACGAGGUCUCUCAAAACUCUGCAAAAGGGCUCUACAAGCAAAUGCCUGGUUCCUUUAACUUCCUCCGAAAACUUCUCUACUUUCAAGCCCCAACAUAGACCAAGAAAAGUUCAGCUUGUCUCAGCUUUAGGUUCAACAUUUGUCUUUUUCAGUGUCAUAAAUCUUGACUGUAAUGUUUUUGGAUUAUGUCUCAGCAGAGUCGUAAAAUGUAUGAAUUUGCUAAAUUGUGCUUUUACUGAAAUGCCUUAGUGUGUAUUUGAUUUUAUUGAUUGGCACAGCUUUCUGUGCUUUUAAACGCUGGCAACUUUUCUAAAUGAAUCUCUCAGGCGUAGGUGUGAUCAUGGGAAGAUGAUGUAAAAAAUGACUUUGGUGACGUAUCAACACAACACAACAGCCAUCUGUUUUUUAAGUGGCAGUCAAUCAACAUGAUGAUCAGUUUGUGCUCUGUCUCUUUUAUACGGAUCUUGUCAACAAAUGGGAUUGUGUGUAAUUUUUUUUGUACUUUUCUAACAAAUUAGAGGCUGUAAAUGACCCUGCUGUGAACGGAUGUGAUUGAUAUUCUUUGGUUAAUCUGUUGCUCAUUUAUACACGUAUGUUUUUCUACAGCUGCAUUAUCCAUAAUCCAACACACACUGGGCUACAGAUACAGCUAAUGUAGCACAUACAGCUGGUCAGGGGCAGAAUCAGUUAUCAGACAUUUUCACCAGCAUACCUCAUGUCAGAGUCUGGUCAUUUUAUGCAAACAGUGAGCGCAGAAACAAGUGGGCUACAAUGUGAUUCCACAGCUGCUACACUGUCAGGGGGUCGAACCGUUAGAGACGAGACAUCCAGCUCACCAGCAGUGGAAACUCUUAAAACAACAAUUUUAUGGUAUUCUGUAUGAGCACAAACUGUGUUAUUUUAUGUGCUAACUCUGAGUUGUGACAGAGGGAGCUGCUCUCACUCACUGCACUUUAUCCUGAUAUCCAGUAGAGGGUGUGUGUGUGACACAGAGUAAUCACUGUCUCAUAGAUACUGUUUAAGUAGCCUCUAUGUGUAUUGUGGUUCCCUCCGCUACCACCAGGGAGCUUAAUGGAAUUGAAAAUUGUUGCAUUUUGUUUGCAGCUCAGUGACCCCACAACAACACAUAAGCGUUCUUCUCUGGAACUGAGUCUAUUCUCAGGUUCUCUGGUAGAGUAUUCUAGCGGCUAGUUUUGCUGUGAUUUAAGGCUUCUUUAUAGCCUGAAUUUAUUUGAAAAAAAAAAACACAAAGCUGUAUCAUCAUAUUCUUUCAUAUUGAAGUCUGUUUUUAAAUGUAAACAUUAGUCAAAGAGGAUUGACCCAUUAAGGAAACAGAUGACAAGGGGAAAAAAUUGAAUAAUUCAAAUAAGGUGCAAGUACAAAGCAGCACAAUAGGUGUGUUUCAAAUCAGAUGCUGUCACAGAUGUGCUGCAGUAAAUUGAAAACCUCACAGUAAAAAUAACAAUAAAAUAGUUUAGUCUCUUACAAUGUAUCAGCUAUUCCGUUUGAAUGAUUAUUAUGGGGUGAUGUUGGUGGUAAAUCCUGUAAUAAAGUAAUUGAACCUGAUUUUGUACAGAGUUACUCAGGGAUUAGUUAUUAAUUCUUAACUUUAUAUGUAUAUUUUAUUCUGUUGUACAGUACCAUUCCCAGUCAGUUCAGUGGAUUCAGUCAUUCAUCGUAGAUGCAUGUUCAUGCUGAAGAUGUAAAUGUACUGAUGCUCAUCACUCAAUUCUAUAUAAAGAACCAAUAACUCUU